AUGCUGGAGAGGCUGGAGAGGAAGUCCCCGGAAUAUUCCCCGUUCGAUUCCUUUACCACCGAGUCGAAGCUCUGGGAUGGGAUGGCCGGGUCGGGUUUUUUUCCGGGUUGGUUUUUCUUUUUCCGGAAGAAUAAACAGAAAACGACAGUGCCCAGGAUGAACAGAGCGAAUAGGCCGGCGAUUGAGCCGACCAGAGGGGAGGGCGGCGGCGGAGGAGGAGGAGAUGUGACUUGGGAUGGCGUCGGUGGGUUCCGGAGAGGAAUCAGGAUGGUGGUGAAGGGGAAGAUGAGAUCCGACGGUGAUAACCCGUUGGCGGCUUGGAUUUCGUCGUCGGUAGCUGAGCAAGUAAUUGACGCCGUUGACCGACUGGUUUCGGGUCGGGCACGCACAUCGGAGCGGGACGGUGAGCCGCUCGCCCGGGAGCAGAUCUCGGGCCGGAAUCGGGUUCUGAGCCUGGAGGGCCUGGCAGGUGGACAAUCCCUGGAAGGUGUUGUUGGCGAUGAUGAGGUAGGUGUCGCCGGAGACGACGGUGUGGGAGGCGUUGGUCUGGUAAAGUGGUCCGGAGCAGGAGCAGGUGACGGGGACGAGGACGGUUUGGCCGGAAUCGAAGGUGGUGGUGGUGGGGACCGAGUUGAGGCGGGCGAGGUCGGACGAGUUGGUGGAGAGGAGGGCGGAGAUGGCGGCGACGGAGGCGUGAGGGGGCUGGGCCCGGAAAGUGAGGUAGGCCCGGCAGGUGGGUGUGGGGCCGUUGCAGGUGUAGCCGAGGACGGAGGUAGAGUUGUCCCGGCUGUCGCAGAGGGUCGUCGCCUGCCGGAUGUAGGGCUGCUGGGCGAGGAUUUGGGGGAUGAAGGAGAUUAG